UACGAUAAUACGCAUAGAUUUCCUUCCGAGUAAAUACCCGCAGUUAACAACCACCCGCAGUUGUGUGAAGAGGUUACUGGCUUAUUCUCUGGGAUUCUAAUAAAUAUUGGCGAAAUAUUGCAAAUUUACCUUGUGCCAUGAAUCCUCUCAGUUUCGUGUCGGUAUUGCUCAUCUUUUUUAAAUUCCCGAUAACCACUUCGUACGGGGUUCCCUUUGUAAAGCAUUUCAAUGAACAUUGCGAUUGGCGAGGUCAAUCUGAAAUUUGCGAUCAGACGCGAGGUCUUGCUUGCUCGUAUCAGUCGAGCACAUGUGAUUGUUGGGAUGUGAGGAAAAUAUUUUCCACAAAGGUUCAUCGCUGCGUCGGAAAAUCUGGAGAGGAAUGUGCCUACUUUGAAAAUGAAAGAAUGUGCACCGAAAACGCUUACUGUUUGGAAGACCGCACCCUCAGCCCCAUCCCGUUGUGCGUCUGUCUCAAAGGCUACUUCCGCUCGGACAAUGGAUCCUGUAUCAAAUAUGCCAAAUUUGGAGAAUCCUGUGAACCAUACCCCCAAAACCGGCUCCCAUGCGAGCCCGACACUGGUCUAAGGUGUCACAGUUACACUUGCAAGUGUGAACCCGACCACGAUUACGACCCAGUUAGAGACCUCUGCAUCGCCAAAGUUGGGCACAAAUGUUCCCGAACCCUCAAUAAUUGCGGGGAGAAUGCUGACUGUGCCGAAAAGACGUGGAUGCUUGACCACCUCACGGGAACGACCAAAAUGACUGGAUACAUUUGCGGGUGUAAGCCCGGCUUAAAAAUAACUCCCACCGGUCUCUGUGCCUCUGACUAUGGUGGAACUUGCAAUAAAACUUCAGACUGCUUUCCCGGAGAACAUCUCACUUGUUUAAACUCGAUCUGCCAAUGUCAUCCUUUGAGUCAAAUUUUUUCCAAGAAGCAGAGGCGUUGCUUUAAUUUGGUCGGGACAAAGUGUCAACCUCAAGAAACCGGAGGGGAUAAAAAUGGUAAUUCUCUGAUGAAAAAUGCGUCUCGAACAAAUUCCAAGAUUUCUUCGGCAGUAUCUGCGUAUUUUUCAUCUCUACCCUUCACCAACUCAUCAUCAUCAUCAACCACAACAUCAUCUACACUUCGUCCUCCCCCUCAGCAGAUGAAAGAUGAAGAACAAGAAGAACAUCAGCAGGAAAUGGAUGGAACUGAAGGGGCAGAGUGCAUCUCCAAUUCUGAGUGUGUUUCCACUGCCCACGGAUAUGCACACUGCUCCUGUUCAAAGGGUUCCUCAGAGACGAUGAUCAAAACUUGUCUGCUAGAUUACGGCCAAUCAUGUCAAAAACAAGAGGAAAUGCAGAAUGAGAUUCAAAGUCGGGCUCAAAUCUUUGUGUUGGAGAAGGAGAUGAAGUGCAAUGUGUUUGAAGGGCUCAUUUGUCACGAUGAUACGGCAAAAUGUGGGUGUGCCGAUCCUCUCCUGGUGUACGACGAGGGAUACAAGGCCUGCGUGGCGAGGAUUGGAAGUCCGUGUGGGAAUUUGAAGUUGGGAAUGCUCGAUUUGAGUCAGGAUAUUAGGGAAAUGAUCUUUAUUAAUUGCGAAAAGAAUUCUACAUGUUUGGAAUUAAGCGGUGGUGGAGGGAUGAGUAAAAGGGUUUGUGUACCGUUUAAUAAAAGUAACGCGUUGGCAGCUGCGGCUGGCACUAGUUUGUCAAAACUUAUGUUUAAUAACGCAAAUGUCAUCACUGCAACUGAUUAAGUGAAACAAGAUUGGUUUCACUUAUCUGGAGGCAUUUUCUUGUUUUUGGAAGUGGUGGAAAUGGAAUAUGUACACAGAAGAAGAUGGAUAAAUGAGGUUGGUUGUAUUUAUUCUUGGUAUGGGAGUUUGGUGGGAUGUGCGUGUGAGAGUUAAAUGUAAUUUCUGAUAUAAUUUUGUUUGUACUGAAUUAAGUUCAUGUUUACAUACAUUUGUCCAUAAAAUAAUCCACUUUCAGUAUUAUUAAUUUAUUUAUUAGAGUUCCCACCAAGUUAUUAAUGUAUUUAUUAACUUAUUUAUGGAAGUUGUGGAGGAGGAUGUUGGCAAAAUAAAGUUGAUGAUUGCAACCACUCGACCAAUUGAA